UCCAAAUAACAUGCAAUUAUAACAAAAUGCUUUGAUAAUCUACAAUAACAAUGCAAGAAAUAUUGGACAAUGCCCAAAUCUUCAACGGUGUUGAUCAUUCUAGUCAAUGUGACGAUGCUCGUUUUAUGAAACGCAGACCGGCAUGGAAAACAGAUGUUUUGAACCCUUUGAAAAUUGAGCCACAAUCCGACUUGACUGUGACGGACGUUAGUCAUGCUUAUCAAUUAGAAAAGGUCAAAGCUCUAUCAGCAAUUCCAAGUGAAUUACAAACUAGUGAAGAAUGGUUACAAAACCACUCCAUCAGUUUUCAAAAACUGACUUUGAAAGACUUGUUGUCGAAAGGAAAACAAGUGAAAAGACCUGGUUCUGAUACUCAUAUGGUUUUCAGUGGUACAGUCAUCAAUGAAAUGGAAUAUAAAUUGAACAGUGCUAUAGAACUCUACCAUGAUCGCAUAAAAUGGUUGUUGGGAGGAACUAGAGCUACAUAUGGUCUCAUAAAAGGAGAUCGAGUUGGAGUAUUGAUCGAUUCUUCAGAUGCAAAUACAGGAUUUGGAAGAUUAAAAGAAUUCCAAAAAUCCCUUUUAGAUUUGAUAGAUGAACAACUUUCCACCAAAAAGAGUUUGUAUUUCCUAUCAUUUGGCACAGAUGUGGAAAGUCUGUGGAAUAUUCCGAGAGAUGUAAACACAAGGAUUCUUGAGGAAGCAAGAGAUUUUGUAAGACAAAUACGUCCUAGUGGAGGUUGUAAUUUAUUGAAAGCUUUCAAAAAGAUAAUGAAAGUAAAAAGGCUUAAUUCAGUUGUCAUUAUUCUUGGCACUUGUCCUGACCAAACUUCAAACGUUCUUUUUGAUUAUGUGGAACAAUGUCUUCUUGGUAAAGAACUUCCAAUACAAGCAAUUGCUUAUGAUAACUCUAACCAUCAUACCCACACAACACUUCAAAAACUUUCGAAUGCUUCAAGAGGACGAUAUCAAUGCUACAGUUCUUCUGACAUUAAAGAAUCCUACAAGAGUAGUGAUGUGAGACUUCUUCUUAGAGAAUCUCAGAGAACAUUGGAUAUGCUUUCAAAAAUCAAGCAAAUGAGGAGUGGUAUGCUCGGCAAUGCACUAAUCAGCAUUGAAAAUGAAAUUGCAUUAGAAGUGGAGCAUUUAAGUCUAUCACGAUUUCUUCCCCGGCCAGUGAAUCACCACCAACCUCUGAAUAUAGAAAAAGCAAAUUUUCACCCAACUGGUAGCUCACAAUGGCUUGCAGAAAAUGGUCUUAGAGCGAAACAGUUAAACUUGUACCAAGUCCUUGCACAAGAUGCAUUUGAUCCAAUCAGGGAUUUUGUGCCCAUUCUUCGCAAAUCUGUUAGAUCGAGAGUAAAUGAAACGGCAAUGCAGCAAUUUGAAUGGCAUGAUGGAUCAGUUAAAAAUAUGCAUGUCGAUGUCGCAAUGUUAUAUGAUUAUCAAAAGAAACUUGGAAAUGCUGUGCAGAAUUUUGAAACCAGGAUUGAAUGGCUUGCAUCUGCAAGUCGCAGAAUAUGGGGUACUAUUUGUGAAAAAAGAGUGAUCCUUCUAAUUGACACAUCUAUUGGAAAUAGACAGUAUUUGGUCCAUUUACAGCAUUCCAUACGUUUAGUAUUGGAACAACAAAUGCUCAACAAAGAGGCUUUUAAUUUGAUAGCAUUUGGUAGCAAUCCAAAAAUGUGGAAACCUCACAUGGUGAAACCAACAAAAGAGAAUCUACAAUCUGCCUGGAGAUGGGCAUUGCAUUUAGAAGCAAAUGGAAGCCGAAAUUUUAUGGGGGCUUUUCGUACUGCGGUAGAAAACAUGGAUGAUAUCAAAUGUGGAGGUGUGCAAGGCAUCUACUGUAUUGGAAGCGGAAUACCUGAUCAGCAGGAGGAUGUUGCUCGUACUUUUGUUAGUGAAAAAUGUAUAGGAUGUGACUUGAAACUUCACGUUAUUCUAUUUUGUAUUGAUGACUACCAACAGGAAAGUGAGUUGCCUAGCCGGUAUGCGAAUUUGACUCGGACCUCGGAUUAUUUGAGAAACUUAGCCCAUGCUGGACAUGGCCGUUUUCAUUGGUUUAGGGAGUCAGGAAUCAUUGAAAGUGAUGACAUAAGCGCCAUCAUGAGAGAAAUGGAAAGAGCCGUAUAUUUUUCACAGCGAUGUGCUACUCUUGUUAACUCUGUGAAAGCAAACAAGGGUUCUGGGGGUGAAGAUCUCAAAGCAAUUGAACCUCGCAGAAAAAAGGUAUUAAUGCCCCCACCACUCGACAACCCAAGACAGACGGCUUUAUCAAUAGCUCGAGAACAGAGAGCAAUUAGGGGUGAAACUCAAAAAUGUCUUGCAUGGAGAGCACCAACAAUAAAAGCAACACUCCCUGGUGUACCAUACAAACAGUCAAAAUCCAACAAAAAAUCAAAGGAAUCCACCAAAGGGAAAGUUGCUGUAGAGCCAUUCUAUACAGAAGAGAAAGGCAAUGUUGGAACAGUUUUCAAGAAGUUCCCAAAGAAGAAGAGUGUCAGAAAAAGUAUUCCUGAACCCAUAUUACCAGAAAUGGAGGAAAGAGUAUCAUCCAAGCAAUGGUUGAAACGAUAUGGAAUAAACAAGAUGAAAUUAAAUCUUGAAAGAUUUGUAUCUGGGCCAGUUUGUGUGCAUGAUAAAGCAAAAGUAAGAUCCACUGGGGGCCAGAUUCAUGCUAAAUGGUUUUGCUCAAUCUUUCCGAGUGUGGACGUUAAUGACAAAGUACGGCAUAUUGACAUGAACAUCCAAGAGAUUGAUGAUUAUGAAUUUCAAUUGUCUCGUUUAACAAAACGUUAUUUACAGAGAAUGCAAUGGAUGCUUUCUGGGAGCAGAAAAGCGUUUGGUGUCGUUUUAGAAAAUCGUGUCCUAGUGCUUAUUGAUGUAUCUGGAUCAAUGGAUUUUCAACUGAACAACCUUAAAAGCGAAUUGAAAAAUCUUAUAUGGGAACAACUAUACAAACACAAUAUAGCUUUCAACAUCAUUGCUUUUUCAGAUCACAUUGCCUCAUGGCAAGAUGAGACAACGCCUGCGGAAGACGCCACAUGUAAUGACGCAGUACAAUGGGUGUCUUCCUUGCAUGCUCACGGAGGAACAAAAACCCUAGAAGCAUUAGAAGAAGCAUUUAGUGACAAAACCGCUGAUGCUAUCUACCUGUUAUCAGAUGGAAAACCAGAUACCAGUAUAAAACUAACCCUUGAGGCUGCAGGUCGCGCAAAUAAAAAGCAUAUCCCAAUACAUACAAUUUCAUAUAACUGUGAUGACAAUGCUCAUACUAUGUUCAUGUCCAAUCUUGCCCAUCAGUCGGGCGGUAGGUUCCAUUAUUGCGGAAAAGGGGAAAGAGACGCUCAUUUGGCUGCUUAUAAAAUGAUGACAGAAGGGUUCGGAGAUGAAGAUGAUCCUAACUUGCCAGAAUUCAGGGGUGAUGAUCUGCAGCUUAUGAGGAAAGAAGUUACGAAAGCAAGGAAAUAUGUUUCGCAAGCUCGACUCUACAAAAGAAUUGUUGAACAACACAAAGAAGAAUCUCAGCAACAACAGAGACCUAACUCUGCUUCUCCUCAACCAAAGUCAAAAUUUGUUUCUGAAAAACCGUUUCUUCCAUGAGAAUAACUUCAGAGAAACUCUUCCUAACACAUGUCAUUAAAAUAACAGUAUAAUGGAGUUGAUAAACCUGCUACGUUUUCCCAUUUCGGUUUGAACAUUUCAGGAAGCAGAUGCAAAUUACUUGGUCACAGUGUGCCAUAGGAAACAAUGAAGAUGAACAUAUACUUCUGGGCUGAGAUUAUUUCAAUAAGAUCAUGAAAACAGUUCUUAUAUAACUACAGAAUAAGAUGAUUGCCUGGUUUGCUAAAACAAUUACCUAAUCUUUUUACAUUUCGAACGCGCCAAGAAAGGGCUAAAAUUGAUAUGAUUACGACAAAUUUUUGUAAAAUUUAUGUUUUUUGAACAAAACUAUAAAUAAACGUUGUGUCCUUUAUCAUAUAUAACGAUUUGCUGAACUGUGUAGAAUAUUUGAAAUGUCUUGAACACAA